CCAGGUCUCUCUAUCGUGUGGCUCCUCCCAAGCUCCAAUUACACCCCCUCCCCCAGUGGUAGCACACAGCUCGCUGCUGCUGCUGCUGCCGGCCUGUGGCUGUGCGCUGGCUGCUGUGCUGUUACUCUUCUAUGCAUCUCAUUAGCGCUGCUGCUCGCUGUUACUACGCCAUACUGCAGCAGGGAGAGCAGCACCAGUCCAUUCCCAGCCUCCUCGCUGCGUAUAGGAACAGGUAUCGCAGAUUGGGAUCAACUCAGUGCCGACGCCGGAAUCCCGACACUGCUUGGAAUGCCGGUGCCGGCAUCCCGACAAGGUUGACAAACCACGCCGGGAUCCCAAAUGAGGUUAUCUACUUUAUGAAAAAAAGAAAAAAUAUAAAAACGUGAUCAUUCCACCAUCGUGACCUUGACGCCCCUCCAUCAUUUCAAUUACUAGGACGGGAAAAGACACAAGAACCUCUGCAUCACAACCGAGAUGUACAAACUAACAAAUGAUGGAUAAAAGAAGCGCGGUGUUCACAUGCGAGUCACAUCGAGGCAUACGUCGCCUGACAGAGCCUUCUGCUUUGAGAUGAUCGACCAUACGUGCUUGUGAUCGAUUUGUCCCCGCCACUUCAGCACAAUUGUUGCACUGUAUCCUGGAUUUUCAGAUAUGUUCUCCUGUGGCAGGGUGUUUGAGAUGGCUGUACACUUACUCUGUGUGCUCCUGUAUUUUGUGCUGGGGGCUGAAGCUCCAGAGCCAAGGAUCACAUGGCAAGAAACAGAAAUUAAUCUAAUUAGUUUCCAAGUGCAAGGAGUGUUUAAUUAUUCCAUGUUGUUACUAAGUGACCAGAAGGAUGUUCUAUACAUUGGGGCUAGGGAAGUCAUUUUUGCAGUAAAUUCGCUGAAUAUUUCAGAGAAGCAGAAUGAGGUUUACUGGAAUGCCUCAGAACAAAGCAAAGAGUGUGUCCGGAAAGGCAAAUCAGAACAGAAUGAGUGUUUGAACUACAUCCGAGUACUGCAGCAGCUGAACGAACACACGCUGUAUGUGUGUGGAACCAAUGCUUUCCAGCCCAACUGCACCUUUCUGGUCCUUAACGAUAUCACCUGUCAUCCGAACAUGCAGGUACUAAGUACUUUUACAUUAAAAGAAAAAUAUGAAGAUGGUAAAGGAAGGUGUCCUUUUGAUCCUGCACAAAGUUACACUUCCGUCUUGGUUGAUGGGGAACUGUAUUCUGGAACAUCCUUAAACUUCUUGGGCAGCGAGCCAAUAAUAUGUAGACACACCCAGCAAAGUCAAAUAAGAACGGAGUAUGCUGUGCCUUGGCUAAAUGAACCCAUAUUUGUACAUUCAGAUGUAAUCCGUGCACCUCAGAAUAAUCCUGAUGGUGAGGAUGACAAAGUGUACUUCUUCUUCAAUGAAGUGUCUGUGGAGUACGAGUUUUUUAACAAGCUUCUAAUACCAAGAAUAGCCAGAGUGUGCAAGGGUGACCAGGGGGGUCUAAGAACAUUGCAGAAGAGAUGGACGACAUUUCUCAAAGCCAAACUGAUUUGUCACUCACCAGACAACAAUUUAAUUUUCAAUGUUGUCAAUGAUGUUUUUAUUCUGAAACCACCACAAGUAAAAGAGCCAGUAAUCUAUGGAGUAUUCACAUCUCAUUUGAACAAUGUCGGCAUGUCAGCAGUGUGUGCAUACAGUGUAUCUGCUGUGGAAGACAUCUUUGCAAAAGGAAAGUACAUGCAGAGUGCAACGGUGGAACAAGCCCACACCAAGUGGGUGCAGUAUAAUGGGGAAGUGCCAAAACCUCGCCCGGGAGCUUGUAUAAACAAUGAGGCUAGAGCAAUGCAUUACAACAGCUCACUUAACAUGCCAGACAAGACUUUACAGUUUAUUAAGGACCACCCUCUGAUGGACGACCCUGUGAUUCCUAUUGGAAAGAAACCCAGGCUAGUGGUCCACAAUGUGACCUACACACAGAUAGUUGUGGACCAGGUCAAAGCACUGGAUGGCAACACUUACGAUGUCAUGUUUAUCAGUACAGAUAAAGGUAUGUUACAGAAAGCAGUCAGCCAUGACAAUGAAAUGCGAAUAAUUGAAGAAAUAUUGCUAUUUCCUGACCAUCAGUCAGUCCAGACACUGCUCAUUUCAGACAAGCAGAACAAAAGAUAUAUCUAUGCCAGCUCCAACACUGGUGUGGUGCAGUCUGCCGCUGCUUUCUGUGAGAAGUUCUCCUCUUGUGCAGAGUGUGUUCUGACUAGGGAUCCUUACUGUGCCUGGAAUCCACACAAGAAUUCUUGCGUUGAUAUUCUUCAGGAGACUGACAGAUCUUUCAUUCAAUCAUUACAUGGGGACUCCUUUCAGUGCCCAGAUACUACUGAUAAAGGAAUCUGGGAAAGUAUGACAUACUCUGUGAAGGAAGGAAGCUCUGUAGAACUGAAAUGCUCUUACAAGUCUAAUCUGGCUUCAGUGGUUUGGACAUUUAAUAAUGAAAACCUGAAAAUGAAGCCACCUAAAUAUCAUCUACUGCACAAUGCUUUAUUCAUAUUCAGUGUGAGUGAAUCGGAUGCUGGCAUCUACCAGUGUUGGACUGAAGAGUCUGUGAUGGAUAAGGUGUUUUCCCAGCUGGUUAUCAAACAUGUGUUGGAGUUGAAAAAGACACCACUUCCUUUGCCAAGCACAGCACAUCCACCAACACAUAGGGAAGGAUUAAUUGAAACAACCCGGCUUUAUACAAUAGCGAAAGAGAAGACCACCAAAACAUCAACUACUCAGGCAGCCACUACAUCUACUGGUGUAACCCACCUAAACAACAAGGUGACAACACACAUGGUCUCUCUCACAGAGGUGUUUGAAUCCAGUCCUGAUGUUGGUAUGGGAAAGGCUUUGUACUUGUCCAACACUAAUGAUUGCUCCCCACUUAUCAUCCUGGUCAUAGUGUUCUUUCUUCUUUUCAUAAGCCUGCUGAUCUACAAUUGCUACAAGGGAUUCCUUCCAGCUAAGUGUCUAAAGUAUCGGGAUAAUGUGCGUCCUGGCAAGAAGACUCCCCUGAACGUGAAAGACUGUGAGCAGGGUGUGAAGGAGACCUUGGUGGAGAAAGGGUGUACUGAGAACCAAAGUGGUGGCCUACCUAAAGCUCCUCAUGACACAGGUUAUGAAACGGAGCCAGACUGUAGGAAUGGAACCAUCACACAUAAAGAUGAUGACACUAUAGAGGAAACAGAAAAAGAUCAACCAUUUGACGUCAAUUGUGAAAUAAAAUAUGCUGAUUCUGAUGGUGAUUGAAAGUGCACCUCUACGGAUUUAAUCUUUCUGAGCCACAAUCAAUAGGGCUACUGUGCAGUCCAGCUUCACUCCAUUUCAUAAAAUGAUAUAUGGAUUUUAUUAUAUAUCUCUUAAACCCUGAUGUGCAUUGAUCAAUAUGGUUUUUCUGUUUUAUUUACAUUCCUAUUUGAUAUUUUUUUUUUCUCUUCUGUGCAGAAGUUUGAUUAAGUCUAUUCAGUCAUUCAAGAAUGCUGAAUUAUAAAGUUAAUUCCAAAUUGGAAGUUAAUUAUUUAUCAGAUUGGUAAAGAUCUGCCCAACUGUGCCCGCCUCGGGGUACACAUCUCUUCUCUAUAGUACUUGAAGGUGUAACGUUCAGAGCAAAACUUAUACAUAUAAUUUGUUUAAUUUUACCUGUGAUUUUGCAGCAAAUCUGUUUAUAGUUGGAUUGCUUUCUCAGGAGGGGUGGGGGCCACAAAAUAGGUUCUCUUCCUUUUUAUGAUGUACACUGUGACCUGGACCAGGAACAGACCGUGGCAUUGAGCGGUUCUUAGGGUGUGUCUGGAAGCGGAACAAGAACAUUAUUUGUUUAAAUAGGAAAGUAAAAUGGAAAAUAAUUCCUGUGGACACCAGUGACAAAUUACAUGUAUAUUGGUUAGAGAGAUUUCAAGCAUGUCCAAAAAUCCCUGCGAUGCUAAGUCAGUGGUUAUUUGGACACUAAACCACCAGCAUUGUAUAUGGACUAUAAGGGAAAAUUAUUAACUAUGUGAACACUUUUUUUAUUUUUUUUAUUCUACUUGUCUGUACACUGGAGUGAAACGGCAGAGACUGAUAAAGACUGAAACUGCGGAGUGUUUGUCCAAUCCACUGAAGUGACUGGAAUUGGAAAGCAUUGUAGGAGUAAUAUUAUUAAGGGCUUACUAAUUACAAGACCGUUAUAGCACAGCUCUCGGAUAAAGACAAAAAAAGCACCCUGGUCCUUGCUGUUUAUAUGCUUUCUGAAAAUAAACCUCUAUUUUUCUAUAUGAAUUCUGUAUAAAUGUUAAUUCUGAAUGCCCGAAUAUUAAAGUAUUAUUGUUUUAUGGAAA